AUGACUCUCCCUUGGAAUCGUUUGGUGCGGUUUGAAUCAGUGGAUUCUCGCAUUCUCUAUGGAGAACCGAUACUUCCCCAUGAUGACUUUGACAUUGGGCUCCUGACUGAAGCAGACAAGUUGCAGGCCAAAGUUGUAGUUGGCAGCGAUAUAUUUGAUACUACUGGGGCUACCAGGGUAACUGAGGAGAUUGUAGCUAUCAAGAAGCUACUUUGCCCACUGGUCGCAAGCGAGAUUCCAUGUGUUCGAUGUGUGGGCCUGAACUACGCAAAACAUAUUCAGCAGGCUAAACGGACUCCUCCACCCUUUCCGUUUAUCUUCAUCAAGCCAAACACAUCCGUCACAGACCAUGGAGCCAACAUUGUAAUCCCCAAGAUUGCACAGAACGAUCAGGCAGACUAUGAAGGAGAACUGACCCUUGUCAUUGGCAAAGACGCGAAGGACGUCCCGGUCGAGAAGGCUCUGGACUUUGUAGCUGCUUACACGGUUGGAAACGACAUCUCAUCCCGCAAGUUGCAGAGAAGUCCAGAGUAUGCUGGACGCGUACCGCAAUGGGGCUUUUCCAAGGGAUUCGACACCUUUGCACCGCUAGGCCCCUGCCUUGUUGCCAGUCAUCUGAUCAAAGACCCGAAGGACCUGUGGCUCAAGACCAAAGUGAACGGCGAGCUGAGGCAGGACGAAUCCGUGAGCGAUCUGCUUUUUGACUGCUCGUACCUCAUUUCGUACUUGUCCCAAGGCACUACGCUUCAGAAGGGAAGUAUAAUCAUGACGGGAACUCCUGGAGGCGUAGGAGCAGACAUGGAUCCUCCUAGAUGGCUAGUGCCUGGCGACCAGGUCGAGGUGUCAAUAACGAAGAUUGGAACUCUGCGAAAUGGAGUAGAAUUCGCUUGA